AUGUACCUUACUGCCAUUCCGCUGACGGAAGGAAGGUAUUUGGCGGCGGCACUCGCUUUGGGCAAGAAGGCAGUUGCCAGCAUCAGAUUAACGUGGAAACAUCGGAUGUUCAACAGCAGGAAGGCGGCACAGGAUUACGGCUCUGAACUGGAAGCAGCAACUCAAUCUCACGCCUUCCUCUAUCCACCCCCUUUUCGCGCAGGGGCAUUCGAUCCCACGUUACCCACUUAA